AUGUUCGCGCGGUCCUGCAGCGAGACCAUGUUGCGCAACAACCCAUUGGCGACUGCCCCCGACGAUCCCGACGCGCUCGUUUCCCUGCCGGGGCUGCCGCACCGUGUCGAGCUGAGGCGGAGCCAAAUGAUGGACCCCGUGAAGCAGGCGGACCACUGGGCAUUCUUCCAGAGCGUGAACGCCGCUGACCAGAGGAGCUUCGGCGAGGUUUUUAAUAGCUUCCAUGAGCUGGAGCCGGACUACGUCGAGCACUACCACACGACCCUUGGCCGGCGCGCGUGGCUCGUCGGGCCGGUAGCACUCGCCAGCCAGGACAUCGCUAGGAGAGGCACCGACGCGCUCUCACCGGACUCGGACAACUGCCUUGGGUGGCUGAACACGAAGCCCGCCGGCUCGGUGGUGUACGUCUCCUUCGGCACGCUGAUCAGGUUCUCGCCGGCGGAGCUGCACCAGCUCGCCCGCGGCCUCGAACUCUCAGGCAUAAAUUUCAUGUGGGUGACCGGCGCCGCAGGCCCAGACCCUUCAGAGUGGAUGCCUGAAGGCUUCGCCGAGCUGAUGGCACGCGGCGACCGUGGGUUCAUCAUCCGAGGCUGGGCGCCACAGCUGCUCAUCCUGAACCACCCUGCCGUUGGUGGGUUCGUGACGCACUGUGGUUGGAACUCGACACUUGAGGCCGUGAGCGCCGGUGUGCCGAUGGUCACGUGGCCGCGGUAUACAGAUCAGUUCAGCAACGAGAAGCUUAUUGUGGAAGUGCUCAAGGUGGGCGUCAGCAUCGGCGCCAAGGAGUACGCAUCGUUCGUGGAGACUCACGAGGUGAUCGGCGGUGAAGUAAUCGCUGAAUCCAUCGGAAGAUUGAUGAGCAACAACGAGGAGGGCAGCGCCAUAAGAAAGAAGGCCAAGGACCUCGGUGUGAAGGCAAGGACCGCGGUGGAGAGUGGUGGGUCUUCGUACAAUGAUGUUGGUCAGUUGAUGGACGAGUUGACGGCCCGCCGGAGUUCCGUGAAGGUUGGAGAAAUGUAA